GCCUUCGCGACCAAAAAAAGAUUUUUUGCCAGUAAAUUUAGCCUGUUCACUAUAUUAAAAGUUACAGCGUAUGAGCGCAGACGGUUUUUAUGACCCUUAUUAUUUUCCGCGAUUCAUUUACUACAGCAAUCAUUUGUGGUACGAAGCCUUGACCAAAAAAAAAAAAAAGGAUAAUAAUAUUCUGAAAUCUGACUCUGAGUCAUUCAUGAUUCAAUGAGAAAAUGGCUGACCACAUUGAUGUUACCGAUUUGCCCGAUGCCUUGAUCAUUACAAAUGUUGAUGUUAGUGUCUUUGUAGAUGAUAAAUCAAAGAGUGAGUUUGAAUCUGUGUUUUUAGAAUAUGAUGGCGAUGCACAAUUUUUAUACCUAAGAAACUUUCAUAGAGCCAGAGUGAAUUUCUCUUGUCCGGAAAGAGCAGCUAAAGCGAGAAUUCAUCAGCAUGAAACCCAUGUUUGUGGGUCAAAAAUUAAAUGUUAUUUUGCACAGUUAAAGGAAAGUCCUACCAAUGAUUCACCACAUUUACAUCCUCCCAAACCAGAUAAACAGUUCCUGAUAUCACCACCAGCUUCACCUCCUGUAGGUUGGGAACAAAUGCCUGAAUCUAACCCUGUUAUAAAUUACGAUCUUCUCGCAGCUAUGGCACAAUUAGCACCAGGCCAAGCUCACGAACUACAUCCAGCAACAGAAGAUCAACCAGGAAUAGUUGUCCACAUCUGUGAAGACCCAAAAGGCUAUAAAGAACAAAACAUUGUUCAAACAAAAUGUCCAGACAGAAGCACUUGAACAAAAUGUCCGACCUAUACCGUAGGUUCACAAUUGCGUCACUUUAAACGUGUAACAACAAAAUAAACACCAGUGCUAAGAAAUAAUGAUGCUUCCAUUGUCAAGCAAACCAAAGUUAAAUCUUGCAUUUGUGAAAUAUUUAUUUGGUAUAAAUAUGAAACAGACAUUCAUAUCGGAUGCCAGAUUCACCAGUAAAGCAGAGAAAGACAAUUCCAAAGAAUUGAUGUAAAUAAAUUGUUUAUUAAUAUUAUGUGUGUAUAUGUGGGUAUACAACUACAUGUAUAUAUUUGUAUGUAAAUAUUUGAGACAUGUACCAGGGUUUUAUGAACCAGUAAAUGAUAAUUAAAUAUAGAAUUCAUAUUGUAUACAGUGUCAUUGUAAUGUUAUUAUAUUCACGUCUGUGAAGCUGAGUUUAAUAGCUUAUCAUGAAGGAAAAGUGGAUGUUUUGAAGCGUCAGCAGGGCUGGAUUGAGCUUGUGCAUGGCCUGUAGCAUACAUGUAUGUUAUAAAGAUGCCCUAGAUUAAAAAUUGCACAUAAAUAUGACCAAGGGCCUGAGGCUAGGUGUAUCACAUUUCCUUUUUAUCUUUGUGCUGCGGCUAUGACUUGAGUUUUAAAUAGAUUUAUGUUUGUCACACAGAUACCACUUUUAUUUACUGUGUCAAAAUAAUAUCACCAAUUAUGGUGAUAGUUGGCUAAAAUUGCUAACCUCCAACACACAGUAAUAAAUUGGCUAUUAUGUUAAUUCGGCACUGAAUUCCUGUCCAGUGCUCUUUUCACAAAGAUUUAUUAUGAUAAUUGAUGAACUAAUAACUUAAUGAUCUAGUUUCCUGAGGUAAAUUAGGUCAGUCGAAGGCAAUUAAUAUAGCCUCAAUUGUCGAGACAGCCAGUUUUCAGUUGUGGCACUAUCCCAGUAAAUUUGCUGUAGGUUUUCUAGACAGUUCAUUCAGCCCUUUGAUUUGUUUGUCUAAUGUAAAUCCAAUCAUUUUUGUAAGAGUUUCAAAUUAUUUUCACCUGUUAUUUUCAUGAUGAAAAUUCUAAAUAUUUUUGUAGAGUUUUGCAGAAAUUAGUGAAGAUCUUUCAUAUAAUCACACGCCAGUGGAACCAAGUAUAUAGAUCUGAAUUGUUGUACAUGUACAUGUAUAUCUUUUGAAUUCAUUUUAAUAAACCUUAAUGGAACCUCAUUUUCAAUAAUCAAAUAAUUUAGCAAUAGAUAAUAUUUGAAAUAAAAACUUUUUGAUUGAAAAACAGAAAUUGACAGACCUAUGACUUUUGUCUUGGAGACAGAAGAAUCUAAGAUUAUGUAUUUCUAUUUGUUUAUAUAUGAUACUGUAUCAUAUGUUAUUUGUUAUUCUUUUUUAUUUAUACAUGACAGAAAUCCUUUUAAGUGGAUGUGUUCUAUGGAAUUACUUGCCUGUCUGAAAGAUAUUAAUUUACAGAGGGUGGGGGGGAUAGAUCAUAAAGUCUGUAAUUUAGUCAAAUGGCCUGGUUUCGAUCUCAAGCAUAUAUGUGACAAGCCUUGUGGGUUUCAAUUUGUCCUCCAGUUUCCUCCCACAGCUAUAGACCCCCUACACCCAAGCAAAUUAUUGAUAAAUUAAUUGCUCAUUCUAAAUUUUAGUAACAUACUGUAUGUAAAACGCUUAGUGAUCAGGCAGUGUUAGUGUUAAAAAAAAACUGCUGUAAAACAAUUUUAGGACUAGAGAUAAUGGAGAAUUGAAAUUAACCGCAAAAUUUACCUCUCGAAAGAAUUUUCAAAAAUAAUCGAAACAAUGCAAUUAGAAUGUUUUUUUUAUUUUAUGUGAACAGAAUUUGUUUGAUUUCAUGUACACUGGGUUAGUUUUUGAACAAAAAUGUUUUUGACAUAUCAGUUUAUUAUGUAUGAUGUUGUUUCUGUUUUAAGUUUUAUUUAUUUCAAAUUUGGAAUUAAAGAUGGUUAAAAAUGA